AUGUCGGCAGCACCAGAUGGAGGAUACGGCUGGGUGAUUGUGCUUGCGAUCUUCUGGAACAACGCCCACCACUGGGGCAUUCUUUCCAGCUAUGGGGUAUUCAUGCAAUGGUUUCUAGCCCAUCCAGUCUAUGUAUCCGGAACAUAUCUGGACUACGCGCUCAUCGGCGGCCUUGCAGCAUCGCAGUCCUGCUUGAUCGCCCCUUUCGCAACUACCGUCCACCACCGAUACGGAAUCAAGGUUUCUGUCGGGCUCGGAGUGCUACUAGAAUUUGCUGCUUUGCUGGGCGCUUCGUGGAGCAAUAAGAUCUGGCAUCUUUACCUCAGCCAAGGCAUCUGCUACGGUUGGGGACUGGGACUGCAAUACAGUUCAUCUACGUCAAUCAUCCCACAAUGGUUCACUAAGCGACGGAGUCUAGCCGCAGGAAUAACAACUGCUGGCACAGGCACAGGUGGGCUUAUCUAUUCCCUGGCAGCAAAUGCUAUGCUGGCCCGCUGGGGACCUGGCUGGACGUACCGCGUGAUAGCAAUUGUCCAAGUCGUUGUGAGCUCAGUGUGCGUGCUGGCAUUGCGCGAUAAUGAUCUUAAUGGCACACAAGUUCGAGGCCGUGAGUUGAAAGCUAUCAAUUUUACGGUCGGUAAACGAUAUGAAGUCUGGCUGUUUUUAGGCUGGAGCUUCUUCAGUGUCAUGGGGUUCAUGGUGAUAUGGUUCUCUCUCUCGACCUUCUCUCGGAGUAUCGGAUUGGAUGCUGGGCAGGGAUCGAUUGUCACGGCUCUGCUGAAUGUUGGACAGGUUGUCGGACGUCCGCUCGUGGGAUACUAUAGUGAUGCUGUUGGGCGUAUUAAUAUUGCUACUGCUGCCACAUUCGUCAGUGGUGUGCUUUGCCUGUCGCUUUGGGUCUGUGCAAAGUCGUAUGCUGCCAUCCUGUGCUUCGCGCUCUUUGGUGGGAUCCUUUUCGGGACUUUCUGGACGGUCAUGGCUCCUCUCAGUGCAGAGGUAGUGUCUCUCAAGGAAGUCCGGUCGUGCUUGACAAUCAUGUGGCUGGUUUGCGUUCUUCCAGCGACAUUUGGCGAAGCCAUUGGUCUCGAGCUGCGCACUUCAGGAGACCGGCCAUACCUCCGCACACAGCUAUUUACCGGCUUCAUGUAUAUCGGAGCGGCUCUCUGCUCUGCACUACUGCGAGUGUGGAAGGCCCGGAGAAUUGGAAAGUCAGAGGCCCCUGCCGAUACUAUUGACGAUGCAUACUUUAAGGUCCACAAUAUGAGCCUCUGGAAAAAGGUCUAA